AUGCUGCGCUGUGCAGAAAUGGCUGCCAUCCUGAUGCGAUUGACGAGCAUCAAGGAACCGUCCGCGUCCGAAAUUUCGAAAGGAGUUCACAAGUUUUGUGCCUCUUGCGAGUGGAAAGGUCGAGGGGCAGCAGCUGCAAUGGCGUUCUGUGCGGCUCCUGCGUGCCCCAGCAGCCUGUCAGCCAUCUCAAAACUCUCUAAGUCCAGCAUUGUUAGGGGUGCAGAAAGCCUCCAAGCUGCGGCGAGCUGUUCUCCCUUCUUCAAGCAUGCUCCCAGCAGGCCCUUUCUGCCAGCAACCACAAAUGGAUUAGAAGCUCGCAGCAGCACGUUUUGUGCAGGGGACUUUGCAUUCUCAAAGCAAUGGUGCAAGCAGCUGUCAAAGAAGGCUGGCCCAAGUGAGGGCCGCCAGGGUUUGAUAAGGGCCAUUGCUGCGGCGCCUGCGGAAGCAAAGGAGAGCACUGUGACAAAAGACUACGGCAUUCGCGUGCGCUUCGCUCCCUCCCCCACAGGGAACCUGCACGUUGGAGGCGCCAGGACGGCUCUAUUCAAUUGGCUGUUUGCAAGGUCGCAGGGGGGAAAGCUCAUUCUCCGUGUUGAAGAUACUGACGUGGAGCGCUCGACCAAGGAGUCAGAACAGGCCGUCCUGCGUGACUUGGAAUGGAUGGGCAUUGAGUGGGACGAAGGUCCUGACAAGGGCGGUGACUUUGGCCCGUAUCGUCAGUCGGAGCGCAAGACCAUCUAUAAGGAGUAUGUGGACAAGCUUGUAGCUGCUGACAAAGCAUACCCGUGCUUCUGCACAGAUGAGGAGCUGGCAGCGCAGCGAGCGGAGCAAGAGGCGAAGAGCUUGCCCCCCAAGUAUGCGGGCAAGUGGGCCACUGCCAGCAAGGACGAGGUCGAGGAGGAGCUGAAAAGGGGCACCCCGCACACGUACCGCUUCCGGGUGCCGCAGGAUGGCAAAGUCGUCAUUCAGGACAUGAUCCGUGGGGAGGUUGCGUGGGCCAACGACACGCUAGGCGACUUCAUCAUCCUGCGGAGCAACGGCCUCCCCGUCUACAACUUCUGCGUUGCCAUUGAUGACGCCACCAUGCACGUGUCCCACGUCAUCAGGGCGGAGGAGCACCUGCCUAACACGCUGCGACAAGUCCUUGUUUAUGACGCGUUGGGUUUCCAGCAGCCCAAGUUCGGCCACGUGUCGCUCAUCCUGGCACCAGACCGGAGCAAGCUGUCCAAGCGCCACGGAGCGACGUCUGUUGGAGAGUUCGCCGCCCAAGGUUUCCUGCCGGUGGCCAUGGUAAACUACCUGUCGCUGUUGGGCUGGAACGACGGGACUGAGGACGAGAUCUUCUCGGUCCAAGACUUAGUGCAAAAGUUCAGCAUCGACCGGGUGACGAAGAGCGCAGCCAUCUUCGACAAGACCAAGCUGCUGUGGAUCAACGGCCAGCACAUUCGCCUGCUCCCGGCGGAGACGGUCAACUCGAUGCUGGGCCAGCAGUGGGUGUCCAGCGGCAUCCUGAAACGGCCAGACGGGCCCUUCGUUGACAUGGCGGCGGAGCUCAUAAAGGACUCCUUGGAAGUUAUCGCGGACGCGGACGGCGCUCUCAACCGGCUACUAAACUACCCCCUCAGGGAAACCAUCGCCAGUGGCGAAGUGAACGACCUCUUAGAAGACAACCUGGCCGAGGUUGCCAGCGCGAUCGUCAAGGAAUUUGAUGACGGGAAGCUGACGGAAGCCGUCAAGGGCGGGCACGACGGGUGGCAAGCGUGGAUCAAGGGAAUCGGGAAAGCGAUGAAGCGAAAGGGUAAACGGUUGUUCAUGCCAGCAAGGGUGCUUCUGACUGGGACUAACAAGGGCCCGGAUGUCGGCACGACUCUUGAGUUGCUGGCGAAGGGGGUUGAGGAGGACAUUAUCGGAGAGAAAGCCGACUUCGUAUCCCUCGCCGACCGGAUAGAGAUCCUACGGUCGACAGACCUCACUCCUGUUAAAAAGGAAGAGUGAUAAGCCCAAUGUCUGACGGAUGAAAUGCAGAAGCGCUGCCUGGCUGGUCAGUGCGAAAUACAGUUCAGCCCGCUGCCAUCUAUGUGCGCCACAAGCAUGACUUAUACACUCGAUCAGCCGCUGACCGGCCCACGACCUGCAGUCAGC